AUGCCGGAGCUUUGGGCCGUCGCUGGCCGGCGGGCCUCCUUGCCGUGCAACCUCUCUGAACCUGAGGAUUCAGUUACGCUGAUACUAUGGUAUAAAGGGGAGGCCAAGGCCCCAAUAUACACACUGGACGCUAGGAAAGGGGCCCUGGAAAAGGCAAGACACUUCCCAUCCACAGAGCUUGGGGCAAGAGCGAACUUUGACAUGAGCUCAGACCCGCCCACACUUGACCUGAACCCAGUUCAUGCAGAAGAUGAUGGUGUCUAUAAAUGCCGAACUGAGUUUAAACGCUCGAGAACGCUCACUCAACUCGUUCGACUAAAUGUGAUAGUUCCUGUCCGUGAAGUCAUCAUUAUGGAUGAACAUGGGCAACGUUUAAGAGAUAUUGUUGGUCCUUAUGACGAAGGAUCCCAUGUAUCAUUAAUUUGCGAAGCUGAAGGUGGAAUUCCUUCCCCAAUGGUCACAUGGUGGCGAGAUUCUGUCCUAGUAGAUGAGACUUUUUCUCCAACUAGUCAAGGAUAUGUAAGAAAUGAGCUAGUGCUAUCUAAAUUACACCGUAGUGACCUGCUAAUGACUUACACCUGUCAGGCUAUUAACACAAACCUUACGGUUCCUGUUUCGGCAUCGGUAACCAUUGACAUAAAUUUAAAACCUUUAGAUGUCAGAAUCACAAGUAUCCAACGUCCUUUCUCUGCUGGCCGGAAGAUACAGCUGUCCUGUGAAAGUUCAGGUGCCCGACCACGAGCUCAAUUGACGUGGUGGAUAGACAACAAGCGAAUUCAAUCCGGAAAGGAAACUUUCUCUGAUAACUUGACGUCCAGUUCUUUGUCUUUCCUGCCAAAAGCGGAAGAUAACGGGAAGAUAUUGUCAUGCAGAGCACAAAAUCCGUCAAUAUCAACCAGUGCAAUAGAGGACGGCUGGACACUGACUGUUUACUUUGUCCCAGAGUUAAAGCUAUCUCUUGGAGCCAAUAUACAACCUGACGCUAUCAAAGAAGGGACUGACGUGUUUUUCGAAUGCAACGUUCGAGCAAAUCCAUGGGUCAACGAAGUGAAGUGGAGAUUCGAAGGCGCCCCUCUUCACGGAAAUACUUCAGCUGGUGUUAUCAUCUCCAACUACUCUUUAGUAUUACAGAAGGUUCGGAAAGAGCAUAGAGGGUGUUAUCAAUGCAUUGCUCACAACCCUGAAGGAGAAGGACGAAGUGAAGAAGUCAUGCUAAAAGUAAAAUAUGCUCCAGUAUGUCGUCAUUCGUCUGUCGUAGUGCACGGUGUUGCCAGAUACGAACCAGUUAAUGUGAGCUGCGAAGUCGAGGCUGACCCACCUUUAGUAAAUUUUCGCUGGGCCUUGAACAAUACGGUCGAGAACAUUGAUAUACCUACACAGACGAACGAGGGUACUUUCAGCUCUGUUAUGUACACUCCGAGAACUAUGCUGGGCUACGGAGCAUUGUUGUGUUGGGCCCACAAUGCUAUAGGACAUCAGAAAGAUCCUUGCGUUGUACGAAUUAUACCAGCAGGACCUCCGGAAUCGGUCAAAAGCUGCACAGUUUCAAACCAGUCAGUAUCGCUUCUCGUUGUUGAAUGUGAGCCAGGAUAUGAUGGCGGCAUGCGGCAAGUGUUUCACCUGGAAGUUUACAACUCUGCAAUAGAUCAUCUCCAAGCAAAUGUUUCUUCCAUGGAGCAUCCUGUGUUCCAAGUCGGUGGUCUCCCACCAGCAACAUCUUUUAUCCUAGUUUUGUAUGCUUCGAAUUCCAAAGGAAGAAGUAACUCAGUUGCUCUUAUGGCCAAUACACUUAUGCCAGCAGAAAGACGAACGGAUAAGGAAACUUCCAACAUUCCAAGAGAAGAACCAGCAAACAUCAGUCCUAUCUUAGCAAUCUUGAUCGGUGUAGUAGCUGUACUAGUGAUUGUCGCAAUCGCAAUUAUAAUUGUUAUGAAAAAGCAAGGUCGAGAUCCAGAAAAAGGUCCACCUCUGCAAGAUCAUGUGAUUAAGUGUGAAAUUCCAUUGAAAAAAGAUACGGAUGACAUUCCUGACUCAACAGUCGAAAGCCCUGACGUAAUUCCGAAUACAAAUGACUCUCAAGUUUACAUUGCAGACACAGGAGAAAUUUCCAGUAAAGACGAAACGACUUAUGAGUUUUUCAAGACAAAAGAUUAUCCGUAUGAUUAUAUAACUGCAGUAAGAUCACAGAAAGCAGCAUCGAGACAAGAAGAAAUUACGUAUGCUGAACUGGCGCAUAAAGAAGCCAGUUGUCCUGUUGUGAAUCGUCUUCAGCCUGCGACAGAGUAUGCCGAGCUUGACUUUCAGAGGAGGCUUGGUCCAUCCUAUCCAUGGCCACCACCUAGAGACGAAGCCAUGAGGGCUUCUUUAGAGGCUGGAGAGUUUCCCCUAAUUGGAGCUACUUCGCAUAAGAGCAAGGAAAGUUUGCACAUUCCCGAAACUACAACGGAAACGACGCCUUUGUGAGAAACUUCACAGCUUUUAUACGAAGUAAUCCAGACUGAAAUACCACUGUCACGUGAUUACGGUGUUGAACACUUGUUUGUGGCCGAUUCCUGUUGAAAGACUACAUUUUUAUUGACGAAAUCAGAACGAAAUGCUCACCUGACUUUUCGAAACUCCCCGUCCCAUGCAGCAAGACGUGUGAUUUCAGCAGAUGCUGUUUUCUUGAAAAGCACAAAUUAUGCUACAAAAUACAAGUGCAAAUUUGCAUUUGACAAAACGCCAAA